GUAAAAGUUGGAUAGACGCUGUUUUUCAGUUGUUUUCCCAAUAAAUCCACUGGAACGCGAUGGAAAAUCCGAGGACAGCGAGUUCACAGAAGAGCUGGAAGUUCUUCAGGGACUCGCUGAUUAUUUGCUUAUUCGCAGGACGCGGAGACGCUCAGUGUCAUGGAUGUCUUGAGUACUGCUGUGAUGGAGUGCCGUCUUUCUGCUGCUCAUACUACACUUACUUGGGAGAUGUGCUCUCAGGAACGGCGAUUUCAGGGAUCGUGUUUGGCGUCGUGUUUCUGAUGGGCGCAGUGGUGGCCAUCUUUCUGUGUAUCAGUAUGUGCGUGAAGAAUGGGCGAGGGGUGAGGGUGGGCAUGUUCAGCACCCCAUACAUUAAUACAGUCACUCAGGGUUACCCAGGCCCUCCACCUCCAUACAGCUAUGAUUAUGAGAUGUACCCGUCUGAUCUUCGGCCGCCUCCUUACACGCCGACUCCACCCCGAGCGGCAAGCUACUCCCCACCUCCACCGUAUCCAGGGUAACAGGAAAUGAGCAUCAUUCUGAGAUGAGAGACUACUGACGAUGAUAUUUGCACUUGUGCUCACAACAUCAGGUGACGACUGAACAUGCGCUGUUGAAUGUCGGCCUGCGGACAAGACCGGCCACCGAGAUGCUCCUUAAAUGGGAAUGGGAACAGUUUUGUAUUACUGGGAUCUGGGGAUAUUUAUGGUGCAGGAUUUCACAGUCAUGGAACCCCUGAAAAUAUCAGGGAAUUUUAUAAAGCUCGGGAAAAGUCAUAAAAAUUCAUUGAUGUGGGAACUCUGAUGGUCUUACAAAUCUGUUGAGUGAUGGACAAUAAUGAAAGAUUUUAUAGGAAAUAUAAGGCCAGGACCAGCUGAAAAACUCAACUUUAUUCAUAUUACAUUUAAAAUGUUUUAUUGAGGUGCAGUUUGUUCUGUCUCAAAGUCAGUGUUUCUUUAAUACAGUCAAAUAUACUGUAAAUGUGGGAAUAAACUCCAUCAGUGUUGUUUGUGUUACAGAGUAAUAUUAAAUUCUUAUAAUAUGUCAAAGAAGUGGUUAGGAAUGCAGAAAUUAUUUGUUUAUUAAUUUGGAAACUCUUAAAAGGAUCAAUAGAGCAACUAUUACUUCAACAGCAUUUUCAACAAAGAUUCAAACAGAUAAUAUUAGGACAGUAAAAGACUUUAUAAGAACAGUGAAUUCUGCAUACUUUUUAGUUUCAGUAUAGGACACAAAUAGUUGGUUAUGUUUUAUUCUGUUUGGCCUGUUAAAACCACACACAGAUCACAUAUAUGUGGGUUUAAUGUUGAGAAAUGUGCUGGUAGAAUAUAAAUCAUAUCAGUUUCAUUCUAGCAGGACUGUUUAAUGAGAAUCCACACGAUGGCAGCAAAGAACAGCAAAGAAAUGUUCUUUAAC